AGAGGGAGGAAUGCCACGGAAGGCAUUUAAGGGGCCGGGACCACAAAGGUCACUCUUGUCGAGAUCACGGCUCGGCUGCCACCCCCCGUCCUUUGCCACCUCGUUCUCUUCUCUACCUGCCCGCCUCUCACGAUGCCUCCUAGGAAGCCGGAACCGAAGAAAGAGGAGCCCAAACCCGAGCCCAAGCCUGCCCAGCCCGCCCCGCCCGCCCAGCCUGAACUUCCUACGGAACCAGCCUUCGACCCGACCUCGGUCACGAUUGAAUUCACAGCAGACCAGAUAGAAGAAUUCAAAGAAGCCUUUUCGCUCUUUGAUCGGACCCCUAAUUGCGAGAUGAAAAUCACCUAUGGACAAUGCGGGGACGUUCUGAGGUCGCUGGGGCAGAACCCGACCAACGCCGAAGUCUUGAAAGUCCUCGGGCGGCCAAAACCAGAAGAACUGCACACAAAACUGAUGGACUUUGACACCUUCCUGCCCAUGAUGCAGCACAUCUCCAGGUCUAAGGAGAAGGGAACGUACGAGGACUUUGUAGAAGGAUUGCGCGUCUUCGACAAAGAAGGCAACGGCACCGUCAUGGGCGCUGAGAUUCGGCACGUCCUGGCAACUUUAGGUGAAAAACUGACAGAAGAAGAAGUGGAUCGGCUUAUGUCCGGCCAGGAAGACGCCAAUGGCUUGAUUAACUACGAAGCCUUUGUGAAGCACAUCCUGGAUGGCUAAAUAGUUCUCCUGCAGUACUUCAUCACAAACUCAUUAAAUGAAAUGACAGCCUUCAUCUUCAGACUGGAUCUUUCAAUCAAAAAUCCUCCAAAAUGUGUAACGUUCCCAUCCCGGAGUGACAACUUCCUACCAAAAAGUCAAGAUUUUUCGACUCAAGCAGGACUGUGCGUUGCCCAUAUAUUUUUGUUAUACUUAACAACAUAGAACUUUGUACAAAGUGUAGCCAAUAAAGCUUUUCUGAUGGCCUUCA